AUGGAGAGUGGAAAAAGUUUCACUGAUAGUGGAAAACAUCAUCGGACUCAGAUGGGCAAGAAUGGAUUCCAGUGGAUGGAGUGUGGGAAGAACUUCAGUCAGAGCGGAUACCUGAAUAUACAUCAACGGACUCACACAGGGGAGAAACCUUUUAAAUGUAUCGAGUGCGGAAAGAGUUUUAGUGAUAAUGGAAAUCUUAGAAGACACCAACGGACUCACACAGGGGAGAAACCAUUUAAAUGCUUGGAGUGCGGAAAGAGUUUUAGUGAUAAUGGACAUCUUAGAAGACACCAACGGACUCACACAGGGGAGAAACCAUUUAAAUGCAUGGAGUGUGGAAAGAGUUUUAGUGAGAAUGCAACCCUUACAAAACACAAACGGAUUCACACAGGGGAGAAACCAUUCAAAUGCAUGGAGUGUGGAAGGAGCUACAGUCACAGUCAACAUUUCAACACACAUCAAUGGACUCACACAGGGGAGAAAGCAUUUAAAUGCAUGGAGUGUGGAAAGAGCUUCAGUCGCAGUGAACAAUUCAACAUACAUCAACGGACUCACACAGGGGAGAAACCUUUUAAAUGUAUGGAGUGCAGAAAGAGCUUCAGUUGCAAUAAAACCCUUAGAAGCCAUCAACGCACUCACACAGGGGAGAAACCAUUUAAAUGUAUAGAGUGCGGAAAGAGUUUUAGUGCUAAUGGAAACCUUAGAACACAUCAACGGACUCACACAGGUGAAAAACCCUUUAAAUGCAUGGAGUGCGGAAAGAGCUUCAGUCACAGUGGACACCUUAGAGAACAUCAACGGACUCACACAGGUGAUAAACCAUAUAAAUGUAUGGAGUGUGGAAAGAGCUUCAGUCAGAGUGGACAAUUCAACAUACAUCAACGGACUCACACGGGUGAUAAACCAUAUAAAUGUAUGGAGUGUGGAAAGAGCUUCAGUCACAAUGGACACCUCAAUACACAUCAACACACUCACACAGGGGAGAAACCAUUUAUAUGUAUUGAGUGCGGAAAAAGCUUCAGUCAGAGUGGACAACUCAAGAUACAUCAACGGACUCACACAGGGGAGAAACCAUUUAAAUGUAUUGAGUGUGGAAAGAGUUUUAGUGAGAAGGCAACCCUUAGAAACCAUCAACGGACUCACACAGGGGAGAAACCAUUUACAUGUAUCGAGUGCGGAAAGAGUUUUAGUAAUAAUGGAAACCUUAGAAUACAUCAACGGACUCACACAGGGGAGAAACCAUAUAAAUGUAUUGAGUGCGGAAAGACUUUUAGUGAGAAUGGAAACCUUAGAAGCCAUGAACGGACUCACACAGGGGAGAAACCAUUUAAAUGUAUUGAGUGCGGAAAGAGCUUCAGUCGGAGUGGACACCUUAGAAGACAUCAACGGACUCACACCGGUGAAAAACCAUAUAAAUGUCAGGAGUGUGGAAAGAGCUUCAGUCGGAGUGGACACCUUAGAAACCAUCAACGGACUCACACCGGUGAAAAACCAUAUAAAUGUAUGGAGUGUGGAAAGACUUUCAAGCAGAGCGGACACCUCAGUAUACAUCAAUGGACUCACACAGGGGAGAAACCAUUUAAAUGUAAUGAGUGCGGAAAGAGUUUUAGUGAGAAUGCAACCCUUAGAAACCAUGAACGGACUCACACAGGAGAGAAACCAUUUAAAUGUAUGGAAUGCGGAAAAAGCUUUAGUGAUAAAGCAACUCUUAGAAGACACAAAUGGGUUCACACAGGGGAGAAACCUUUAAAAUGCAUGGAGUGUGGAAAGAGUUUUAGUGAUUAUGCAGCCCUUAGAAGCCAUCAACGGACUCACACAGGGGAGAAACCAUUUAAAUGUAUGGAAUGCGGAAAGAGUUUUAGUGAGAAUGCAAACCUUAGAACGCAUCAACGGACUCACACAGGAGAAAAACCAUUUAAAUGCAUGGAGUGUGGAAAGAGCUUCAGUCAGAGUGGACACCUUAGAAGACAUCAACAGACUCACACGGGAGAAAAACCAUAUGAAUGUAUGGAGUGUGGAAAGAGCUUCAAUAUGAGUGGACACCUUAGAAGACAUCAACAGACUCACACGGGAGAAAAACCAUAUAAAUGUAUUGAGUGUGGAAAGAGUUUUACAAUGACCUCUGCAGGAAAUCAGUCUUAA